AUUUGGACUCCUGUUCAAAUGUUCUUUUGAGUGAUUUAUGGACCCUCGAUUUUUUAAAAACUUUUAUAACCUCUGUCAGAACCAUAGAAUUCUGUUCAGGAAGGGAGGAAAACAGGCGGAUGGCUGCUCUUGGAGGCGCAUUCUCUGCAGCGCUUAGGCGGUCACAAGACUUGGACAUCGAUGAACAAAAAAAAAAAAAAAAAAAAAAACGACACGCUGACAGGUCAGCUAGAAGCUACAGGCCAGAGAUUCUUCUCUUCUCUGCAUCCAACAUCCAACAAGUUGGUCCAUUUGGAAAACUACUUUCAUGCGCGCUGCAGCACCACAGUCUUUGUCGUUUAUUUGUGUGUGAAUAUAUGAAUAGAGCUGUUUUAUAGGUGUUGAACAAUUACUCUGUUUGGAUGUUGUCAUUUUUAUUUGUAGAUAAAUAGUCCUGUAAAACUACAACUGGUGAUGUAAAAUUACAACAAGUGAUGUUUUUGUGCGUAAAGGAAGGGCGCAUGCCAAAGUGAGCCGAAUGUCACUGGAAGAAAUUGCAAGAUGUCAACAUUGCUUUACCACCCACUCGAAAUCGAUUGUAUUACCUUCAAGAACGUGGCUCCUCGUAUAAAUAGGGACGCAUUAUUUCAAGAAAGACGGUGGUGAGCACAGUCUGCUGGCUGUUCUCUCUCUCUCUCUCUCUCUCCUAUUGGGACCACAGACAACGCCUGGAAGAAUUUGCUGAAGACAACUGCGUCCACUUUCUGGGACAUAAGCGUCUUUUACUCCUAAACCAACAGUUAAGUCAUGCAGGUGGAGAGGAAAUGGCACAUACUGUUGACAAUCUUCUUUCUGCUCAUCACCUCGGGCCAGUGUAUGGACAGCAAGGAUGUCAAGCAGAAAGAGAGAAGGACCCUGUUGGAUCUAAUCUUACAGGUUAUCAGAGAAAGCCAGCAACGGGACAGAGCUGUCUCCAGACGCUGUAGCAGUGGGCUGUCCACUUCAGCCCAAGACAUGAAGUUCUCUUCCCGUGAAAAGCCUUUCUAUGUUCCUAGGCUGGAUAACAGUAGACUCAUAGAAAUUGUUCCUAGAGAUGUAAACAUGAAAGACAGAUUCAUUCAGCAUUUCACAGCAGGACCAGUCAAGUUCUCGUCGGAGUGCAGAACGCACUUUCAUAGACUUUAUCACAACACAAGGGACUGCUCAAGACCAGCAUAUUACAAAAGAUGUGCAAGAUUGCUAACACGAUUAGCAAUGAGUCCACUCUGCAUGCAAUCGUAGAUACUGCAAGUCCCAAAAAAAAUGGAAGAGGGAUCAACGUGUUGCCAAGGAAGUGCCUUCAAAUCCACAGCAGUCAUAACAUUGUUGUGUUUGUAGUGUUUCCAUUGUUAUUGUUCUUGUUGUCAUUACUGAAAAUGCUGAUGGACAUUGUUGUUUGUUUUUGAGUGGAUUUGCUUUUUAUUUACCUGCCUGUACCAUAUAUUUGUAAGGACACAUUAAUUUAAUGUUAAAUACACCUAUUUAUUGAAAGGAUAUGUAUAUAAUAAUUUCACAAUUAUUUUGACUAGAAAAAGAUAACUAACUGAUAGAGAGGAAGCUUUUCUUUUUUAUUCUUCUUCUCCAUACAUAUGAAUUCCUCUUCCACUAUUGGUCUGAAAGAUUUGUCAUUGUCUUCAUUACAUUUUAUUUGGCACUUGAGUGAUUGCUGACACAGAGUACAUAUGGAAUGACAACAGUGGUGAUAAUGCACUGCAGUAUUGAACAAUAAAGAAUAUUGAAGCACA